AAGAUUUCUUGCAUUUCGUCCAGACAUGGACGUGGCACACAUUCAGGCUCUGUAUGAGCAGCAGGGGUACCUAUCAGCUCUUCCUAUCCUGAGUCCUGAAGAGCUACAACAGGCCCGAGAUGCCUUUGCUGAGCUGGAGAAAAAACACGGUGAAGAAUACACCUCUUACAGUCUUCAUAAUGUCCAUAUGGAGUUUGAUUGGGUGAUGGGCCUCGCCAAACACCCAAGGCUUCUAGAGGUGGUCACAGCAGUUUUGGGACCUGAUGUCAUCAUGCUCGACUCCAGAUUCAUUUGCAAAUAUCCAGUGCGUAACAGACCUGCCAAAAAGCAAGAGAACGGUGGAAUAAUCCUUUCCAGCCAAUUGAGCAAUACCUGCGAGAAGGAAAAGAAGGCAAACAACAAUGAGAAGACAGAUGGCAUGUCAUUUGUGGCCUGGCAUCAGGACAUGAAGUACUGGGGUUUUGAUGGAGGUCCAGUUCUGUCUGUCUGGCUUGCUCUGGAUGACUCACUUGAGGACAAUGGAGCACUGCAGGUUAUUCCAGGAAGUCACCACUCUGGCCUCCAGCCCCAUUACCAAUCAAAACGAGUCAGCAACAUGCUGAGUGUCAAUCAAGAAAUCCCAGAGGAGCUGGUGCAGACUGAGAAUGCAAUCUUAUGCCCCCUUCAAGCUGGUCAGAUUUCUAUCCAUGAUGGACUUCUGGUUCAUGCCAGUGAUCCCAACUUGUCUGAUCGAAGGCGCUGUGGCUAUGUGAUCCGCUACGUCCCCACAUGUACUUAUCCAAUCCAGGAUCCGGAGCGACCCAGAACGUUCCCUGCCACAGUGCUGGUCAGCGGCUUUGACAAAUACAACCAUUUCUCCAUUGAAACCUGCAAACUGUAACUGACUUAUAUUACGCUCUGUAUUUAAGAUAUUACAUUUACAUUUUCAUUUAUGCAUUUGGCAGACGCUUUUAUCCAAAGUGACUUACAGAGCACUUAUUACAGGGACAAUCCCCCCGGAGCAACCUGGAGUUAAGUGCCUUGCUCAAGGACACAAUGGUGGUGGCUGUGGGGUUUAAACUUAAUGAUUUUAAGUAUGAGCCUUGAGCUGAAUUCACAUUCUAAA